GUCAGCUUGGUAAUCAUUGAUCAUGGUAUUGUUGCCCAAUAAACCUGCACCAGAAUUCAAAGGAAAUGCUGUGGUUAAUGGUGAAUUCAAAGAGAUCAGUUUGAAGGAUUAUCGAGGAAAAUAUGUUGUAUUAUUCUUCUAUCCAGCUGAUUUCACAUUCGUGUGUCCCACUGAAAUCAUCGCGUUCAGUGACCAGGUGGAGGAGUUCAACAGUCGAAAUUGUCAAGUGAUCGCCUGUUCUACAGAUUCUCAAUACAGUCAUCUUGCAUGGAACAAUUUGGAUCGUAAAUCGGGUGGGUUGGGUCAGAUGAAAAUCCCUCUGUUGGCCGACCGCACACAGGAGAUCUCCAGAGCAUAUGGUGUAUUAGAUGAGGAGGAUGGUAAUGCAUUCAGAGGUUUAUUCAUCAUUGAUCCGAAGGGAAUUCUACGUCAAAUCACGAUCAAUGACAAGCCAGUUGGACGAUCUGUAGAUGAAACAUUACGACUACUGGACGCGUUCCAAUUUGUGGAGAAGCAUGGUGAAGUGUGUCCAGUGAACUGGAAACGUGGUGAUCAUGGGAUCAAAGUUAAUAAAAAAUAGACUUUGCAUCAUUUUUCAUUGAUCACUAUAUUCAUGUUGAGUGACUAGAUAUCUGUGUGCUGUUCUACACAUGAAUUUGUAAAGUGUUAAAUUAAUUUCCAUAUAAAUAACACCUUCCAUUCAUUCCGAUAUAUUCUUAUGUUCAUUUGAGUGUUCACUGUGAACUACAGUGUACUUCAUUUUAAUAAUGUGUGUGUGUCGGACCGGUCGAUGAGAUUGCGAAUACUAUGAUGUGGUUGUAUUGUCAGAAUGACACGAUUGUGUGUGAUUUCACUUUGUCAAGUUAAUUCAACACAAUGAUGUAGGUCGCUCGUUUGAUGCGAAUUCAGGUGACGAGGUUUCGUGUUCUACGUAUGACGAGGAGGCGACUUGUGUGGUGUGAACAUCAACUGACUGCACUCAUAUAGGACCAUGUGAAACGGUGUUGGAACUGACGGUCUAAUUUAUUGAUGUCGAAAUCUUGUUAUCACAUGUUGUUAUUGUUUUAUUAUCCGUGAAUAUCGUUGUGUUGACGUCUGCAGUGGUGAAUGAAACCGUUGUAAGGCUUUAUUAGAAAUAAAUGACACUGAAGAUGUCGAUGAACAGGAGAUGCGUUUGAAGUCACCAAUUCGACAUUGUGUGUGACUGAGCAUCAUACCUCCAAUGUAAGUUCAAUUAGCAUUAACUUGUUGCUGUUCGAAAUGAAGUAGGCGGAAAUGUGUUUCGACCUACAACGCUUCGCUUCCAAUCCUUCAAGUCAGUCGCCUCACUUUGCGUGCAGACUGAAUAGAAUAGGACAAUGUGUAACUGCUGAACAGUGUAUAUUACUGAUUACAUGAGCGAUCGUGCUUCGGUCUGGGCACAUGGGCAAUAUCACGGCCCUCACACAAAUCUCAUUUGAUUUGUGUGGCGCAUGUGUAUCUGGUGCCCACAUGUACCAGUGGUUAUGUGUUCAAAUAAAUAAAUAAAAUGUGAGCGAUUAUUUCGACGUGCAUUAACAAAAAUUUGACUGAUAAAAAUAGUAAGAAUAUUAUUAGAAACUCAAGCAUUAUUCAUUGUUAUUGUAAGUCAAGUUGUUGAUCACAGUAGUUAGAUGAGCCUAUGUUAUUGACAGUGAUGUAAAUCAAACGUCAUAUUAUGUGAUGAUUUUGUAAUGCUUUGCAUUCCAGUUAAAACAAACUACGUAUUUUGAUAAUGAUGGAAUGCAGUCAUGUGAUUGUUUAGUUGCUUUUGUUGCUUCAUUAGAACAACACUGUUAACCACUCUCAGUUGAUCGUUGUUAGGUGACUGGUUGAGUCCACGAAUUUUCAUUGAUUUCCUGAAAUUAUCAAUAUUGAUGUUGAGAAAUAUACGAGAACUUAGGUGUAACAUAGUCAGUGGUUUAAUGCAUUUCAAUUCACAACAAGUGAGACUGAUAGUUACACCUCCAAUCUAUUUGUCGGUGAGUGAUCGACAAAAUUUAAAAUCAUCACUCAUCAACUUUCUGACGUUGAAUUUUAAUCAUGCCUAAUUUGUGUCAAUUAUUUCGUAUACGAGAGUGUGUUUUACUGUGAGAUAAGAUUUAAUGUUGUUAACGAGUUAUUUUGCAUCUUGAUGUCUGUUUCGUUGGGAGCAUUGAGUCAACAGUUGAGUUUCUGUGAAUAGCUGUCACUUGAUCACACUCAUCACACCAACCGAGUCAGUUGAUCAAGCAAUCUGCAGAAACACACUUUCACUUGGUUGCGAGAGACUACUUCUGAAUGACCUGUUUAACUUUACAUGCAAGUCAUUAUUUCUCAGUAUGAUUUUGCUGGUUUCUCAGUCAGAGUUGUAUUGAUGAUAUUCACUUAUGUAAGAUUCUAUGGACAUGCAUUCAGUGCCUUCAUUUUUCUAAUACCCUGUAUUAAAUAUUGCUGUAACCAAAUGAAUUCAAAGAAAGUCACAAUCUCGAUUUCACUCUUCCCGUAAUGACAGAUUGAAAUGAGGGAGCGAUGGAGAAUAUGCAACUCGAUACAGAACAAACUGUAACAUUAUCUCAUUAUUGUGGCCAUCGUAAACUAGUGAGUCACCUAACGACGAAUUGUGAUGUGCAUCGUAUGGUGUGCGAACUACUGUGUGUUGUCAAACAGAUUUCACCUUGUGACGAAUGGAAAACAAGUCACAAUUAGUGCAGACUAUCACAGUAUCAAAGAAUGAUGUUGAACUUGACCAUCGAUUGAACAGUGUUUGGGCGAUCCAACAUUGACUACUAGGUUGUGUCGAUCAGCCUUUGAACAUUGAAGAUCACCAACGUAGAUGAUCUAUCUCGAAUGAUUUGAGGUCCGCUCGAGUUCGACGGAAAUUGUGUGACGAACCAGCUAACUUGGAAAUCACACCUCGCGGACAGCAUCUAACGUGGAUUACCCCACGAUGUAUCAAAUUACUAUGGCUGUUUUGAAGACCUUAUAACACAAAGGACGUUAUUAUGAAGAUGUAUGAGUAAGAAUGUGUACAGAUAAGAAAGCGAGAUCGCCACUGCAUGAGCCAGUCCAUGGUAUACGAUUAACUGAUGCGCGUUGGUUCUCCUUGUCCUUGACCGGGAUCGAUGAUCUGUUCGAUAUUCAGUGAUGCAACAGCCGGAUGAUUUUUAGGGCUCAGUGACAUUUUACUUUCCACUCCAAAUAUCACCACUCAAUUUCGUACACGUUUUCAAAUCUUCUUUUACGUAUCAGCAACUUAAUCGUUUACUGGAUAUUCUCCAAAUCCAAUCGUGACUGAAAUAACACAUACAUUGAUUUGCAAAAUCGAGCCAUUCAUCAGUAUCGGAAGGAUGUGUUUACUUUGCUAAUUGUACUCAAGCCUAAUCUGAUGUACAUGGUCAUCUGUUGCCUAUAGAUGUUUUACACUUAAUAAUCGUUUCUAGAUGUCGUUACAACACAUCACAACCGUACCACAAAAGAUGUAUUAUGUGUGUAAUAAUUUCAGUGACAAAACCUCAGGACUUGCAACAUUUUAUCCUGGAAUCUACUCCUUCCUCGCCAAUGCUUUCGGUCUCUGGAUUACUUAGUUCUGACUUCAAUUAGAAGCGUUCUUAUUAGCAUAGUGUUUUGGAGACUUUUGUGUAUCAAUUAAGAUGUAUUGACACCCUUAUAUGCUCAAUAGUGACUAGCUUCGAGAGUUCUAGUGAGAAGCAAUGACCAGUCGAGUUCAACUGUGUCGGAUGUGGAUGAUGUCACAAAAUAUCGUGGAUUGUUUGAAGUUAGACAAUAACACAGUUGAAUGCUAGCUCCGUGAUCCAGAUGUUAAGCGUUCGCACGCCUAACCGAAGGUCCUGAGUUCGGAUCCCGUGUGCGGGAUUGUGAAUGCGCGCUUCUGAAGUGUUAUACUAGGCCGAAUCGGCCGUCCAAUGCUUUCAUGUUUUCAAUGGUUGUUUAAUCUUGAUCGGUUCAUGAUCAUAAUUAAAAUCGUUCUUGUUAAUUCACACAUAUUGUAGUGCGUAGCACGUCACAUUCGGUUAGACUUAUUUCAAUUUGAGAAAUAGAGAACGUCAAUAUAGGUUAAUCUACAAUUGAUUUUAUAAUUAUCGGGUCAACUCAAAUGGUCACGUGUUAGCAAUCAGACGUGUUUAUGAAUUAGACCAUUGUGUUUUUCGUAUUUAUAUGAAUGUGUACACCAUUAGCAAAUUAUUGAUCGGCUGAGUUUGAUGUCAAUAAGAGGACAGAUGAAUGGUUGAUAACAGAAAAGCACACCAUCACACGCUAUGUCUGAUGACAUAAGUAAUAUACACCACAACAUUGUCCUACUGAAGUGAUUUAUUCAUAAGUUUAAACACAUGUGAUAACUGUUAUUAGUUCAAAUGAUGCUCUAAAAUUAUUCAUGGCAAUAUUUAAACGAAAAAUAAUUUUCUCCUUUUGAAUUAAAAUUUUUAUUAGCAUUCAAGUGCAGUUAAUUGUCAUUAGACACUUGUGUUCAUCAACAAGAAUGGAAGCGGAGAAGAGGAAGGCUGAAGAAAACACUACGUCGGGAAAUGGUAUCAGAUAUGAAAAUGAUGAAUAACAAGUGAAAAACAACCGGAAAGGAUUGCCCAGGAUAGGGUCGGAUGUAGAAUGCUGAUGGGUGGCCUAAACUCCACCAAGGGGCGUAGCAGAUGUAAAGAAAUUACAUGUACAAGAAUUUUACCAAUUUUUCUUGUCAAAGUAAUCAGCAUAACGAAACAAAUUACGUUUUAUUUUUACGUAGUUACUAAGAAAAUUGAUUCCACUUUUUUCUCAAUGUUUAUUGAUAACCCGUUGUAUCAUAUGGUGCUCGGAUAGAGUUGAUAUAACCCACUUUUUCUUAAACUACAGUUUUAUAUUACACGACAAUGAGACUGUCCUACAGUAUUUUACCAUUUAAAUUAAGCUCAAAAAUAAAAAUGCAGAAUUCGAUAUCCAGUCAAAGUACAUUAUAGUACAUGGAUUUCAAUUAAUCACAAGGGUCGCUCAAUAUCGUGGAUUGGUUGAAGUGGGACAUAAACAUCUUUGGAUACUGACCUAGUGGUCUAGAGGUCAAGUUUACGCUCUUGAGCGUGAUGUCUCAGCUUGAAAUUGGGCAAACCGACAAAACCUAACAUUAAAUUUGCGUUGCGUAGCAAGUGGUAUAUGAGUUUAAGGUAAAAUUUUGGGAAUAAGACUACAUCUCCUUUGCCAAUGGCCCUCAAGUUCUAAUGUGCCACAUAAUGUAAGGCAACUGUUAUCAUAAUCCCCACCUAAUGUCUUUUUGUGAAGUUGUGGUGGUAUUAGUUUCUAAACAAAAUAUUCUGGAGCCUCAAUACUUAAUUGCUGAGAAGAUCGACAUACAACACAGAAGACUUGGAGGAGGGCGGUGAUGGUGAACGUGGUAACAAAUAAAUUGGAGUGGCAUAGCUUGGUCAUGCAGGCGUGGUCACACAACCUCUUGUCCACUGUAUCCGAUAGAUCGCCCUCUUCCCAGCUCAAAUGUGUUCUUCAGAAAUGCUAGACCUUAUAUUGCUGAUUAUCACGACAGAACGAGCCAGUGUAGACAGCAGUGUGAAUUCUACUUCUUCAAUUUUGGGACUAGGUCUACCAUUAUAGUAGUACGAAUACCAAAGUAGACAAUAGUUCUAGAAGUUUCUGCGAAUUUAUUCAAUUUCGACCUGUCGUUUAUACGAAGGCUAAUGAAUAAAUACGGAAGAUAUUCAAACACUGGGGAGACACAAACAGUAUAUAGUAUCAGUCUAAACUCACGCUCCUGAGAAUUGAGAAUUGUGCAACACAUAAGCUCUCAUGUCAUCGGGAUGAUUGACAUUGCUUGUUCUGAAAAAUUUAGGUCAUUCAAGUAUCAUAAGCUAAUCUCAAAAAUAGAAUAACAUUUGGGUGCAACCAUACCAUUCGCCUGAAAAUGAAGUCUGAGGUUGCUGCAUCCGGCACUAUUUCCGUCGCGUUUGUUAAUAGUAAACUGAAGUUGGUACUGAAGGCAGAGAUGGAUAGUGACUACCAGUGGAAUUCACGACGCGCGUUUCGUCCCAUUUGGAACUCGUCAACAAGAUUUACUUGCAUCUGUGUUGUUGCCCACUCUGAGGCUCAAAUGACACUUAGCUACUGAGUUCGCCUGUUUGUGCAUUGGGAUGAAGUUUAGAUUCACUUGGUAUUGUUUGCUUGAAUCUUCCAAAUGAUGUUUAGGACUGUAAUUGAACAGUCCCUUUUUUGUAUAUGUGCAUACUGUGCGUAUUGCCUCGAUAUGUAUCGGUCUAAAUCAUCUGCUGUAGUUAAUACAUUAGAUCAAUCUGCUUGAUUUCCUAUGGCUUUGCACUCACACUAGUCAGGACCGGGAGAUUUUCUUUUACUUAAUUACAUAAGGCCUAAAGUUUAGAAACUAUGUAACGCUUUAUGAAUUAUUUUUUGUUUGAGUCACUGAAUUCACUCAUACAAGUGAUUACAAGGC